AUGCUGUCCCUGAGAAGAGCUUUUCGAGACGGUGCUCUGAAAGGUGACCAGCUCAACUUGCUUUCCCGCCAAACGCAUAGAGCACUAUCCACUGCUGCUCUGUCAGUUCGAGAGCUCCCUAGACACGAUCUACCUUUGGCCGAAGACGCUGAAUCGCCCACAAGUGGCAGAGCUUUAAAUCGAAGGGCCGAACUCAAAGAUUCCAAACCCUUCUCCUCCUUUCUUACCGACAAUUUUCAAAGACAGCAUGAUUAUCUUCGAAUUUCAAUUACAGAAAAAUGUAAUCUGCGAUGCGUGUAUUGUAUGCCAGAAGAGGGAGUCCCACAAUCGCCACAACAAGAUCUUCUUACAACACCAGAAAUCGUCCUUUUAUCAUCUUUAUUUGUAUCCCAAGGUGUUUCCAAGAUCCGCCUUACUGGUGGUGAGCCGACUGUUCGUCGCGAUAUCCUACCUCUUAUGCAACAGAUUGGAGCUUUGCGAUCUCGGGGUCUGCGCGAGCUCUGUCUCACCACAAAUGGACUAAACCUGUCAAGGAAGUUGGAUGGCAUGGUGGAAGCUGGGUUGACUGGAGUCAAUCUAAGUCUGGAUACUUUGGAUCCAUGGCAGUUUCAGAUCAUGACUCGAAGGAAAGGUUUCGAGGCUGUGAUGAGAAGUAUGGACAGGAUACUGCACAUGAACGAAUUGGGUGCUGGCAUAAAGCUCAAGAUCAAUUGUGUAGUUAUGCGUGGAGUCAACGAAAGAGAAAUAAUACCCUUUGUCGAAUUGGGUCGAGAUAAAAAUGUUGAGGUUCGGUUUAUCGAAUAUAUGCCAUUCGACGGCAACAAGUGGAGCCAGGGGAAAAUGCUAAGUUACAAAGAAAUGCUUGAUAUCAUACGGCAAAAAUACCCUACAGUUCAAAAAGUCACAGAUCACAAAAAUGACACGAGUAAGACGUACGAGAUUCCUGGAUUCGUGGGGAAAAUGGGAUUCAUUACAAGCAUGACACAUAAUUUUUGUGGCACUUGCAAUAGAUUGCGCAUCACGAGUGAUGGAAAUUUGAAGGUGUGCUUAUUUGGCAAUGCUGAAGUAUCUUUGAGGGACAUCUUGAGGAAAUCCAACGGCAACCUACCAAUUGACGAGCAAGCUUUUGAGGCGAUGAAGCAGAUAGAAAUGAGUAGGAGACAGAGUCUUAGAAACGCCCACGGCGAUCUAGGAAGCUCUGCUAACGAAAGGGAGCUACUGGAAGUCAUUGGCAUGGCCGUGAGUCGGAAGAAAGAAAAGCACGCCGGUAUGGGCGAAUUGGAAAACUUGAAGAAUAGACCCAUGAUUUUGAUAGAUGAUAAAUUAUCUCGUGGUCCGAAGGCACUCUCUCAUGACAUUGAAAGCCGGCGGCAUGGUCGAUCCCACGCAAUUCCUCUCAACCUCUUGACAAAUAUGACUCCAUCCCAUUAUACUCGGCUGUAUUCCAGCAAAUCUGCUGCGGCUCAGACGAAGAGUGACAGUAAGGACGUACAAAAGCCAUCGAUGGACAAUUCAUCUGGUUCGAGUUCCUCACAGGACCACAAGCUUACCCACCUUACGCAAUCCGGUGAUGCGCACAUGGUUUCCAUCUCCUCCAAGCAAUCUACCGAGCGAACUGCAGUUGCUGUCUGCAGUAUUCACUUCUCCAACAAUGUAGCAAUUCCUCUCAUCUGUGACAAUCGAGCCAAAAAGGGUGAUGUGCUAGGAGUCGCCCGAAUCGCAGGAAUCAUGGCUGCUAAGAGAACUUCUGAUUUAAUACCUCUAUGCCAUCCAAUCGCCAUUACACAUGUCAACAUUGACCUACAAAUCUCACAUGAAGCUGGAUCGAGCACUAAAUCUUCGUUUCCCGCUUCAAGGACGUCAAUUUCAUGGUCUGGCACAGGGCAAGGUGAUGGAUAUAAAUGGCCAUCAUCUGUUUCAGAAUCGGAUCCUUCCAGUGAUUUUGGAAGCGUGGAAGUCAAGGCUACUGUUUCAUGCGAUGGAAAGACGGGCGUAGAAAUGGAGGCUCUUACAGCUGCUUCAACGGCGGCGUUGACGAUCUACGAUAUGUGUAAGGCCGUAGAUAAAGGUAUGCGGGUUGAGGGGUUGAGAGUCGUGAGGAAAGAGGGGGGGAAGAGUGGCACAUGGGCAAAUGGGAUUCCCGAUAAAAUAAAACAUGUCACGACUACAAUCUACCAACCUACCACUACAACUGUUAGUGAGCCUUCGAUCUUGACUUCUACUGUCACCCUUGGAGAAGCAGGAGAUUAUGGAGGGGGUUUUGGCACGACGAUAUAUCAAACUGUCACACUUGAGGGUGGAUUCGUCACACCAAUCACUGUCACAGCACCUGCUCAAACAAUCACGCUCAACAUUGUUGGAACGGUCAUUGGAGGAGGCUCCGAAUCUACCUCAUCAUCGUUGAAGCUAUUCAAAACUUCUGUCCCUGUUCUCACCGGAACAGAAUCGCUUCUAGGAGCACAGGUCACAUAUCUUCCCUCGGCUGGUGCUUCUGUGGCCGUUACACAGGUGAACGUGGUAUCAGGGAUAUCUACAGUGCAGGUCUGCCCUACCGGUUCUUCAACUUAUGAUUGUACGGAAGUUGUUUAUGGCUCAGGUGAAGAAGUGAUUGUAGUCAAUAUCAUCACUGUUGAUGUCACAGUCGACGUUUAUGGCGAGGCUAGCACUGUUACAAUAACCAAGAUAGCGAGCGCCACUUCGACUCCAAUCCUCCCACCUAACAGCUCGGCAAAUCUUCUCGGAACUAAGACAUCAUUAACCCGCAAGCCUACUGGAUCUGGAGCACCAUAUUCUUAUAGGAACGGGAGUCAACCUAUCUAUCCGACUGGCUCUCUUGGGACCGGAACUAGCGGCUCAUAUAAACCCACUGGAACCGAGAAGUCGUCAAAUCCAACGCACAUCAUCUCAGGUGGCCAAAAUAGCACAUUAUUAUACUCACCUCAAUACAUCGACGCAGAGGAAGGGGAAACUGUACGAUUCAAGUUCUACCCCACAAAUCACACUGUCACUUCUUGUGAUGUCGCGGCUCCUUGCGUUAUGAACGGUGUCUACGAUCCUGGAUUCAAGCCCGUCUUAGCGAAGAACGUAACUACCUUUGUUGACUUCCCCAUCACGAACGCCACCAACUCACUAUAUUUCUUCAGAAUGAACCCUAAGUCGAAAACACAAUAUGACGAAUUCAUAUCUGCUGCCAAGAGUAAGAAGACUACCAUCAUCAGCCAUGCACCAACCGGAACAGCAUAUUUAACCGGCAGAAUUCGAGGAACGGGACAUCCAUCUGGCAGCGGCCGACCCACAUCCACUCAUUCUAACCUAGGAAUCAGCGCCACCGGCUCAUCAAAGGCACCCUCUCCUACUGGUGGAUCGAGCGCUAUUCUCGGCAGUGGAACGGGAGUACAUCACAUUGAUAGUCCCAAUCCAUCAGGCAGCAUCCUCAGCUCCGGCUUCCCACACUCGUCAGGUUCCCUCAGACCAGCUGGAAGCAUUGGCGGCCAUGCAUUUUCGACCGCUCUUCUUCCACCACUGGCAGCCCUAGCUCGCCUUCGCACUCGACCACUGGCAGUUCUAGUUCCACCAUAA